GCUCCUGGCUUGGACUCCCGGCCCGGAGCUCGGCGGCGCGGGACCCCGCAGGCAGCGAGGGCGGGCGGGCGGGCGGGCGGGCUGGCCGGCCGCGGCCCCUGGCCCCCCUCCGCCAGGCCCGCCAUGCAGGGCCCCGCCGGGAACGCGAGCCGCGGGCUCCCGGGUGGGCCGCCCUCCACCGUCGCGUCCGGGGCGGGCCGCUGCGAGAGCGGCGCGCUCAUGCACAGUUUCGGCAUCUUCCUGCAGGGGCUGCUCGGCGUCGUGGCCUUCAGCACGUUGAUGCUCAAGCGCUUCAGAGAACCAAAGCACGAGAGACGGCCGUGGAGGAUAUGGUUUUUAGACACUUCCAAACAAGCCAUAGGAAUGCUGUUCAUCCACUUUGCAAAUGUGUACCUAGCAGAUCUCACUGAAGAGGACCCUUGUUCACUGUACCUCAUCAACUUCCUCCUGGAUGCCACCGUGGGCAUGCUGCUCAUCUACGUGGGGGUGCGUGCUGUCAGCGUCUUGGUGGAGUGGCAGCAGUGGGAGUCCCUGCGAUUUGGCGAAUAUGGAGACCCUCUGCAGUGCGGAGCCUGGGUUGGGCAGUGUGCUCUUUACAUCGUGAUCAUGAUUUUUGAAAAGUCUGUCGUCUUCAUCGUCCUCCUCAUACUUCAAUGGAAAAAGGUGGCCCUAUUGAAUCCCAUUGAAAACCCAGACCUGAAACUGGCCAUCGUCAUGCUGAUCGUCCCCUUCUUUGUCAAUGCUUUGAUGUUUUGGGUAGUGGACAAUUUCCUCAUGAGAAAGGGGAGGACGAAAGCUAAACUAGAAGAAAGGGGAGCCAACCAGGACUCGAGGAACGGGAGCAAGGUCCGCUACCGAAGGGCUGCGUCCCACGAAGAGUCAGAGUCUGAGAUCCUGAUCUCCGCCGACGACGAGAUGGAGGAGUCUGACGUGGAGGAGGACCUGCGCCGACUGACCCCCCUGAAGCCUGCGAAGAAAAAGAAGCACCGCUUCGGGCUGCCUGUCUGACGCGCUCCUGUGCUGGGGUCAGGUGUGGGGGCCCCGCCAGGUCAGCAGGCGGUCGCUCCGCAGUGCCCUUCCUUCCUUCCUCUCUGCCCCGCCUCUUCUACCUCCAGUCCCCUCGCUGUCCCCACCCGCUCCCAGACCGCUGUCACUUACCAGAGGGGGGCCGGGCCAGCGCCGAGGGGCCCCAGGCAGCCGGAGGUCCCCACUCAGUUGCACUACAAACACUGACCAAAUAUGCAAGCGAGGCGUUUUGUGUGUCUGUCAUUGUCCCAGACGGUGUUGCCAGGGACCCCGAAGCCCCGUCCUGUGUCUGGCUGGGUGGCCUUGAGGAGGAAAACUGACACGCACACAGACUGGGUAGAGCCUUUCCCCAAGGCUCUGGGAGCGUGAGGACGUAACACGUUUUGGGCUAAAAGUCACUCAUUGACCAAGUUGGAACCGCGAUGCUUUCUUACUCCAAAUGGCUUUGUAACUACUGAUUUCUAAAGCCGGUUUUAUGAGCUGUCACAGUGUUAAUGUUUUUUGAGUAUGUGUUUAUUUCCUAAGGGACUAAUGAGCAAAACAUAGAUUUUUAAGUCUUCCGUAUGCUGUUGACUUUUAUAUUUUUAAGUUAUAUUUUCAUACUAUUGUAUUUAAAAACUUUUUAAUCCCCAAAGAAAUGGGUUUGUCUGCCUUUCGUGGGAUGUGAACUGGCGGGAAGAAGAAGUCGGGAGUUUUUUUAUUCGGGAUAUUUUUAGGUAAUCUGCGACGAGAUGAGGUGAAUGGUCCUGGCAGGAAGGGAGAGGAGCCCUUGUCCGAAAGGGACAAACCCAAUGGCUCUGUAAAGGCCGGGCCUGAGCGGGGAGGCAGCUGGUCCGAAGGCCAGUCUGAGGCCAGGGGCACGUGGGUCCAGCUGCUUGGCUUUCUGCUGCCAGUUUAGAGGUCUUAGUUAAACGUGGCCAAGAGCAGAGUCUAGAGGUCUGUGUCUAGAGCAGCUGAAACCAUCGAAACCAGCCCUGUGUUCACUGCCUCCAGUGCAAGGUAGAGCCCUUGGAACCAGCUGCUGGACCAGCCCCAGGAACUCCUCUCGGGCCGCCGUCUGUCUGUCGUCUUGGUGUUGUUCCCCUGUUUUGCACAACAGUCUGAGGAGCGCCUGCCCGACCAGGCGAUCCUGUUUUUCACGGCCUCAAAGCGGCAGGGCAGCCAGAGACGGAGCAGGGCAGCCAGAGACGGCACGGGUCGAGGUGCGAGAGCUCGCUGUCUGCAUCCACGGGCAGGGGAGAUGCUUCGAAGCCUGGGUCCCCUCCCUGGGGAGUGGCCCUCACUCCUCAGCAUGGCCCCAGGCCCCUGUAGCUUUGGGAGUCUGCUGACCACAGCGGAGUGGGUUGGCCUGAGCACUCGCCCUGCUGUGGGAACAGCAUGGUGGGGUGGCCCGUGUUUUGUCGUAGCCCAGAGGCAGCCACAGAAGUUAAGGAACGGAAAACUGCCUGCUCAGGUGCAAGCUAGAAGUGAGACAGGUGCAGGGAGGCCACCUGGCCCAGAACCUUCCUUUUAGACCUACAUACAAACGUGCUGCCCUUACGUAGAUUGGGUGUGAAUUGUGGCCUGGGAGCCAGGCUGUUAAGCUGGGCCUGCCUUCCCUCUCACAAUCCGCACCCUUCUGCCCCUGGGAGUCUGGAGCCAGGGGGCUGGAAGGAGCCAGGCCCUGUCGCUGCCCCCGGGUGUCUGCUCUGCGAGCAGGGCUGUCUGCAGCAGGAGGCGAGGCUGCAUCCAGAACUGACGUUGUGCCUGCUACAUGUCAGCCCCUCGUGGCAUUGCUGGCUCUCCAAACUUUUCCCUCCUGUUUCAUUUUGUAUGAACAGCCUGUGCCUGCCGCUGUUUUCCUGCACCUUCCUGAGCCCAGCAUCAGAGCUGUGCUUUCAGUCCUGAGCUCCAGGCGCAGCAGGUGGGCAGCCACGGUCCCUGGAAGGUGGAAAGUCGGGCUUAUAUAGGCCUCGGACAAUCUGCUCAUCUCAAGGCCUGGCCCAGUGCCUGCUGGGCAGUGGGUUUGGGGAGCAAAGUGGUGGCUAGUGAGGGGUGGUUUUUCCUUGUAUCCUGAAUUUCAGUAAGGGCUUUAGUCUCUGAGCCACGGUCGUGGAGCUGGCUGACCAGGGGAUGGGUGUGUAAUCGCAGAGAGCCUUGUGGUGUGUGGGACUGGACAGCAUGGCCUCGCAGGUUUGGCCUUCCCUUCCCUUCGCGUGUGUGUGUGUGUGCACAUGCACGGGCAUGUGUGCACGUGCUCAUGUACACACACACACACACACACACAGUUUGUAUUCCCUGAAGUGUUUCCUGCAGUCACCGGGGGUUUUUCUGUGCUGCAUUGUCCCAAGAGACCAGAUGUAGAGGGCCGUGGUCAGAACCUUCUCCUGAGCUGUCCUCCCUCUCUGAGAUGAGUCUCCUUACCACCUGCCCUGAGGUGCCUUACAAGGUACAGCUCUUUACCCGGCCCUAUGGCAAGUGUCACAGUGCUUGAGAAACCAUGGGACACCAACUGGAUAUUGUGUGCUAUCCAUCUGAUCUGUGCGAUUGUGGACCUAGGCCAAGGCACCCAUGAUGGAAGCUUGUAAGUCAGGGUCAUGAACAAGUUUCUUGUACCUAAUGGAAAUAACCUGAUGAGGUAGAACUCUCGUGUCUGAAUGGAAGGAAUUAUUGUUAGCCUUAUUUCCUUUUGCUGUCAGUGGGGUGUUGACAAUGGCAAGGGGGGGAUGUUGGUGAGAUCUCGGGCGGCAGUGGCUUCUUGGUCUGCUCAGAGACCUUCGAGGUAAAGGCCUGUGGCCCAUCAGUUAACCCUCAGGCACGCUGGUGGCCUCCUGCCUCAAGCUUUAACUCACGCCCCUUAUUGGCAACAGAGAGUCCUAGGCGACUGUUGACUGUCAUGCCUUUAAAGGGAAAACCUGUAAAGGCUCAAAUCCUAGGCAAUCUAGUCCUGUAGCCUGUAGUCCAGAGUCCCCAUCGGAAGGCGCCCAGGAGCCCACUCUGCCGUCCAGACAACAACUCACUGGACUUUUUGCCGCCAAGCCAACAUAGAAGGCUCUGGGAACUUCUCAUUGGCCAAAACAGCCCCCUUAUAGGGUGCAGGGCUGGCUUUUAGAAGUUGCACACACUUCCAGCCAGGAGUGGAGAGCUCUCUGUUUCACCCUGUGAAACACUGGCAGCACUGAAGGGCUUUGCUCUGGGUGAGGGACUUCCGGUCCAACAGCCAUCAGCACCUUGAGCUCCUGGCUGGGUGGGUGUCAUUUGAGUUCUCUUUUCAUGAUGUUUAUUAGAACUCAGAACUGUGUGAGAAAACCAUGGCCUAUUUCCACUGCCCUUCCGGUGGGGGUGUUUCAUCAGUGGUGGUAAGAUUCACAGAAAGACAUUUUUGAAAUGAAAGGGAAGACGAUGUACUUACAUUGUAAAAUGGUUUACAAUAAAGUUUCACAUCUUAA